CCGGAAACGGGGCACCUGUUCUUCUUCUUCUUCCGAAGGCGAUUGUCACCUGACCUGCUGCAUAAACAUGGAGGAAAAGAUGUUCGUCGAUUGAGUUCAUUCGAAUCACUGCUAUUUCAUAAUCUUUGGAAAAAUCAAAUCUUGUUGAAGUUCUUGGGAGAUCAUUACAGCAAGAAAGAAGGGUACCUUCGCAGCAGGGCAGAACUUUUCUCCCGAGCUCGGGGAUGGACUCUUCAAGGCAAGUCUUCACGGUCGAUCUCCUCGAGAGAUACGCCGCGAAGGGCCGCGGGGUUAUAACCUGCAUGGCCGCAGGGAACGACGUGAUCGUGAUCGGUACCAGUAAGGGGUGGGUCAUCAGGCACGAUUUUGGAGUCGGCGACUCUUACGAUUUUGAUCUGACCGUCGGUCGAACUGGGGAGCAUUCCGUCCACCAGGUCUUUGUUGAUCCCGGGGGCAGCCAUUGUAUCGCCACUGUGACGGGCAAUGGAGGCUCUGAAACUUACUACAUUCAUGCCAAGUGGAGCAAGCCUCGGGUCCUGAGCAAAUUAAAGGGCCUUGUUGUGAAUGCAGUUGCUUGGAACAGACAGCAGAUUACAGAAGUUUCUACCAAGGAAGUGAUUCUUGGCACAGACAAUGGCCAGCUUUAUGAAAUGGCUGUGGAUGAAAAGGACAAGAGAGAGAAAUACAUAAAAUUUCUGUUUGAGCUUACAGAACUUCCUGAAGCUUUUAUGGGGCUGCAGGUGGAAACAGCUAGUGUAGCCACUGGAACUAGAUAUUAUCUGAUGGCUGUGACUCCAACACGACUCUAUUCUUUCACUGGGAUCGGGUCUCCAGAAGCUGUAUUUGCUAGAUAUCUAGAUCGUGCAGUGCAUUUCAUGGAGCUUCCAGGUGAAAUACCAAGGAGUGAACUACAUUUCUUCAUCAAGCAAAGAAGAGCUGUUCAUUUUGCUUGGCUUUCUGGAGCGGGGAUCUAUCAUGGUGGUUUGAAUUUUGGAGCAACACACAGUUCCCCUGAGGGAGAUGAAAACUUUGUGGAGAACAAGGCACUCUUGAGUUAUUCAAAACUUUCUGAAGGUUCUGAGACACUUAAACCCAGUUCUUUAUCAGUGUCAGAAUUUCACUUUUUGCUACUUCUGGGGAACAAGGUCAAGGUUGUAAAUAGAAUCAGUGAGCAAAUCAUCGAGGAGCUUCAAUUUGAUCUGACUCCGGAGUCAGUUUCCAGAGGGAUCAUUGGUUUAUGUAGUGAUGCCUCUGCUGGUUUGUUUUAUGCAUAUGAUCAAAACUCUAUAUUUCAGGUUUCAGUUAAUGAUGAAGGCCGAGAUAUGUGGAAGGUCUACCUGGACAUGAAGGAUUACGCUGCUGCUUUAGCAAAUUGUCGCGACCCACUUCAGAGAGAUCAAGUCUAUCUAGUUCAGGCUGAAGCUGCUUUUGCCAGCAGGGAGUUUCUCAGAGCAGCAUCUUUCUAUGCAAAAAUAAACUACGUAUUAUCAUUUGAGGAGAUCACACUGAAGUUUAUUAGUGUGAGCGAGCAGGUUGAUGCUUUAAGAACUUUUUUGCUGAGGAAGCUUGACAAUCUUACAAAGGAUGACAAAUGCCAAAUUACGAUGAUUUCCACUUGGGCUACUGAACUUUAUUUGGACAAGAUUAACAGGUUACUCUUAGAGGAUGACACUGCUCUAGAAAACCGUAAUUCAGACUACCAUUCAAUUAUUAGAGAAUUCCGUGCCUUUCUGAGUGACUGCAAGGAUGUAUUGGAUGAAGCAACUACAAUGAAACUACUAGAGAGUUAUGGCAGAGUGGAAGAACUGGUUUAUUUUGCCAGUCUGAAGGAGCAGUAUGACAUUGUAGUUCAUCACUAUAUCCAGCAAGGAGAAGCAAAGAAAGCUCUAGAAGUUCUUCAGAAGCCUUCUGUUCCAGUUGAUCUUCAGUAUAAGUUUGCUCCAGAUCUCAUCAUGCUCGAUGCUUAUGAAACUGUGGAGUCGUGGAUGGCCACUAAAAACUUGAACCCAAGGAAGCUGAUUCCUGCAAUGAUGAGAUACUCAAGUGAACCUCAUGCAAAGAAUGAAACCCAUGAAGUCAUAAAAUACUUGGAAUUUUGUGUUCAUCGUCUGCAUAAUGAGGAUCCUGGAAUUCACAAUUUGCUACUCUCUUUGUAUGCCAAGCAGGAAGAUGAUAGUGCACUUCUUCGCUUCUUGCAAUGCAAGUUCGGGAAAGGACGAGAUAAUGGACCCGAGUUCUUUUAUGAUCCAAAGUAUGCCUUGCGACUUUGCCUCAAAGAAAAGCGAAUGCGUGCUUGCGUCCACAUAUAUAGCAUGAUGUCCAUGCAUGAAGAAGCGGUUGCUCUGGCUUUGCAGGUUGACCCAGAGCUUGCCAUGGCUGAGGCUGACAAGGUUGAAGAUGACGAAGACCUGAGGAAGAAGCUUUGGCUCAUGAUCGCAAAGCAUGUUAUUGAACAGGAGAAAGGAGUGAAGAGGGAGAACAUUCGGAAAGCAAUAGCAUUUCUCAAGGAAACUGAUGGCCUCCUUAAGAUUGAGGAUAUAUUGCCAUUCUUUCCCGAUUUUGCCCUUAUUGACGACUUCAAGGAGGCUAUCUGUUCAUCCUUGGAGGAUUACAAUAAGCAAAUAGAACAACUGAAAGAGGAGAUGAAUGAUGCAACACAUGGUGCAGAUAAUAUCAGAAAUGAUAUUAGUGUGCUUGCUCAGAGAUAUGCAGUUAUUGAUCGUGAUGAGGACUGUGGGGUGUGUAGGCGUAAAAUCUUGACUGUAAGUGGUGAGUAUCGGACUCGGGGCUAUAUAGCGGCAGGGCCAAUGGCUCCCUUUUAUAUAUUUCCUUGUGGACAUACCUUUCAUGCUCAGUGCCUCAUUGCCCACGUAACACGUUGUACCACUGAAUCCCAGGCAGAGUAUAUAUUAGAUUUACAGAAGCAACUUACUCUCUCGGGCAGUGAAGCUCGGAGAGAUCAGAAUGGCAGUCUUAAUGAGGAAUCAAUGACAAGCACGGCUACAGCUGAUAAGCUGAGAUCACAGUUAGAUGAUGCCAUUGCAAGCGAAUGCCCGUUCUGUGGGGACCUUAUGAUCCGAGAGAUCUCUCUGCCGUUUAUUACCCCAGAAGAAGCAGUGCAGGUUACUUCAUGGGAGAUCAAACCACAUCUCGCAAACCAAAGGAGCCUUUCUUUACCUGUGUGAGAUCGUCAUGCGCACCGCCUUCUAUGGAAAUGCUGCCCUGGUUAUAAUCUGCAUUUUGCUUGAGGAGCUUCUCAUUUACUGCCUGACACAACUGCUCUAGGAUCUCCAUCAUGCCAAUUAACGAAUCGUUGUAACUGCUUCUUAAAUCCAAAUUAUCUGCGAAGUAAUUGUGAUCUGCCUAUUAAAUCUUCUCUCUUGCUGGAGUGGUGAAAGCAGUUUUGAGAUUUGGAGCUUUGACCUUGUAUCAUCCAUUCAGCAACGAUAUACUCCAUUCUUACUAAAAAAUCGACCUCAACCUUGUAUGAGAUUCAGAUUUUGUUUGCGGGAGAUGCCCUUCAAGUAUAGUCUGUUUUACAAAUAAAUAUAUAAAUAAUCACUGUGCAUGUUUGCUGUC